AGCUGUUUGUGUGAAACUGUAGCCGGGGAGUCAUAGUUUGCAGUGCCUUCAAUUCGAAGAUGUCUUCCGGCAUUACCCCCACGGAUGAGUGCAUCUCCAUGUUCAACGACAUGAAGCUGAAGCAUGACAGGAGGUUCAUCAUCUACAAGAUCGAGGGAGAUAAGGUUGUGGUGGAGAAAGAAGGAGACAAAGACAAGAAGUACAGUGACUUUAUGGACGCCCUCAAAGAGGUGGCGGAGAAUGAGCCACGUUAUGCAGUCGUGGACUUUCAUUUCGAAACCGCAGAUGGUCGUCCACAGGACAAGCUUGUGUUCAUCGGAUGGUCACCUGACACCUCAGGAGUGAAGCCUAAGAUGACCUACGCCUCCACCAAGGAUGCCAUUUUGAAAAAGUUGUCCGGAGUUCACAAGGCCUUGCAGAUCACCGAAUCCUCUGACCUCACUUUUGAUGAGAUCGCCGGGCACUUCAAGUGAGCACAAUGAGCAGUUCAUGAGCCAAGUUGCCAAAUCUCAAUCUCCAGCAUUUCGGAGUUCAUGCAUUCUACGGCAUGGGCGCUCUCUUGUGCUGACUCGUUCCCUUGUGAGGUUGAUGGGCAACCUGCAUGUCUUUCUGUUGAGGUUUUGAACACGUGAGUCUGUUCUGUUGUUAGAUACAAGCUGUCCUGAGUAGAGCCAUAGCAAAGACAUUUUGGAAUGCUGCGUGCUGAAGGAAGCACAAAAUCCAGAGAUUUACCAACCGGGGAAAAAGCACUGCAAGCAGCAGUCUCGGUAAACAUUCAGCGUAAAGCUUGUACAAAAA